AUGGGGGCCGACGGGGUGGUCAGCUUUUUGCGAAGCUUCUUUCGGGAGAAGGCAGGCAGCGAGGGGGAGGAGGGUAUGCGGUAUUUCGCGAAGUGGUCUCCGUACCGCAUGCGGAGGGUGCAGGUCGAGUUUAUCGGCAAGAAGGAGAUAUAUCGGCUAAAUUCGGUCCUGGCAGGCAUAGAGGGCACACGAGACAUGUACCACUUCGCGGGAGCAAACACUCCCAAGUGGGAUGGGUUCACCACGACCGAGGGGCGCGAAGAUGACUGCAAGCUGGUACGAAAGAGCGAGGGGCGGGGUAGCUUGUCGAGUCAAGAGAAGAGCAGGUUGCGGGAAUUCAAGGUGUUGGGUGCAGUAGCGAGCAGAUGGAAGGGCAAGGGGGCUGAGUUGCACCAUCCGGUGUCGGGGGAGGAAGACGUGACUUGCAGAAAGGUGAAACGGACGUACAGGCUCAGGACUCGGCUGGCGUCGUGCUUCUGCUCGGCAUGCCAGCGUUGCGAGUAUGAGCAGUGCUACGUCAGCAAGACGUACCCACGUCUCGUUCCCGCAUUGCAGAAGGGCGAAGUGAAGGAAACGGUGAUCAUGGACACUGGAGUAGCGCCCGUAGACGAAGAUAACUCCCGGGGGAUACAGUUCGGGAGUAGGAGGAAGGAAUGCAAGAUGAAGAGAAUUACUGGGACACAUUGGCAAGAAUGCGAAUCUGCUGCUGCGUCAAAGAUUUGGGAAGAGCUUGGUAGGAAGGAAGAGCCCAAUAUUUUUGCCCGUUUCGGGCGGUGGGCUGGUUUUUAAGUGGUGUGCUUCUUGCAUUUGCUUGUGGAGCAGUAGGUUGGGUUCAAAGCCCGUUUGGGGUACAACUUGGGGGUGCGGG